AUGUCAUCCGGUCAGGAAUCCGUUUUCUCUGAGUAUGAGACUGACACCAGCCAGACAUCGAAGCUGUUAAGAAAAUUUAAAGAGACGCCAUUUGUACCCAUCGGGAUGGCUGGCUUUGCCGCGGUGGUUGGCUACGGGCUGUACAGACUGAAGCACAGAGGUGACAUGAAAAUGUCGCUUCACCUGAUUCACAUGCGCGUGGCAGCCCAGGGCUUCGUCGUGGGAGCGAUAACGUGCGGUGUGCUCUAUUCAAUGUUUCAGGAGUAUGUGGUGAAGCCCAAGGAGUAA